AUGGAACUUAUCGCUGGUCAUGUAUUAUUUAGGCAUGGAGAGCGAACACCUGUUAAAACAUUUCCAACAGAUCCAAUACAAGAAAAAGAUUGGCCUAAUGGUUUUAAUCAAUUAACGAUUGCUGGUAUUGAACAACAAUAUCGUCUUGGGAAAUAUCUUCGUAGUCGUUAUAAUUCAAUCCUUAGUACAAAUUAUGUUACUAGUGAGAUUUAUGUUCGUUCAACUAAUUAUAAUCGAACAUUAAUAUCAGCUCAAUCAAAUCUUAUUGGUCUUUAUCCAUUGUACAAUAUUUUGCAUGAUAAAAUUCCAAUUCAUACUGUAUCAAUAGAACAAGAUUUUUUACUCGGUAUUAAUAAUUGUCCGAGAUAUGAUCAAAUUCAAAACGGCACUUAUCAAAGUGAUGAAUUUAAAAAUAUGAAUACAUAUUAUGAUCCUUUCUUUAAAAAACUUCAAAUAUGGACAAAUAUAACUGAAAUUACUAUGUUUAAUGCUUUGGAUAUUGCUGAUACAAUUUUUUUUGCACAUAUUUACAAUAAAACACCAGCAUGGGCUGAUGAAAAUGUUCGAAAAAAUUUAUCUAAUAUUCAUGAUCUUUCGUUUCAUUUUCUUUAUUUAAAUAAUGAUAGUAAACGAAUACGAGGAGGUCCAUUGAUACAAGAUAUUUGGAUAAAUAUGAAUAAUUCAAGUCGUGGAGGAACAUAUCGAAAACUUAAAAUGUAUUCAGCUCAUGAUACAACAGUUAGUGCAGCUCUUGCUUUUCUUGGUAUUAAUUGUCCACAGCAACCAUCAUAUGCAUCAGCAUUAUUUCUUGAUCUUUAUAAACGAAGUUCAACAUAUUAUAUUAAAGUAGAAUAUUUAAAUGUAACAGAUUCAAAUAAACCUUAUCCGUAUCUAUUAGAUAGUUGUCCAACAUUGGAAUGUCCGUUAGAUACGUUUACAGCUAUAUAUAGAACUCGUUUUCCAGCAAGUGCUGAAGUUGAAUGUGCGAUAAUAGUUCCACCAAAUGAUGGAAAUAAUAAGAAGAUGACAAUAAUUUUGAGUGUUGUUGUUUUUGGUCUUGGUAUUAUUAUCAUUAUAAUAUUUGGGUAUUUCUAUUUACGAAGAAUAGAUCGUGGUACACCUCUUUUAUCAACUGAAUCCCGUUCACAAACAGAUUGA